AUGGGGAUUUCAGUAUCCGAUGUAGAAGGUCCGGAAAGGUCGUUAUUGGUUGUGAUUGUUUGGGCGAUUUCUGAAGAGAGUCGAGAAAAUCAGUCUCCAAGGGACGAAAUCAAGAAACCCAUCACCAAAGAAGUUGUUUGUCCUAAUGGUGUUUCCAACGAAACUCUACCACCAAAACAAAACGAUAAUUCCAAUAACAAAAGAUCCUCGGAAUCAGUUACAACCAGUCAGUAUACAGAGAUCACCAACGAAGUAGUAAGAGUUCAAGCAAGAACGCCAGAACCAAUUGCACAAGCAUAUCUAGAGAAAGUGUCCAAGUCUUUAGAAGUAGAAGUUCCAGACGUGGCCGAAUGUGCUUCACUAAGACAUGAACGUGGGAACGACACACCACGUGAUGAAAUCGGAAUAGAUGCCGGUGGUGAUGUAGUCAAAACCGAAGAAGGUCGGGGUACAGAACAUACAGAGCUCGAAUCAGUACCGACAAAAGAAAAGAACGAGCAUACAGAACUAAAGGUAAAUGAAAAUGAGACCAAUGCUACAGCAGAAAACAUUCAAACAGGUGCCGAUGUACUUCCUCAUUCAGAACAAAACACAAGUGUAGCAGCUGGAACAGACGAAUCGAUAACCCGAGGAGAUCUUAACACGCCAACUACAGAACCUGACACAGGUGUUACUCAAGAUCAACCUGACUCUAAAAUAAUAGAAAAUAAUGCAAAAGCUCUUGUUGCUGAAGUGAUAUCUGUUGCCACGUUGGAAGAACAAGGACAUGGCAAUAAUGUUGAGACCGGAGAAACUACAGCUUCAGAAUAGCACAAUUAAUUUUUCAAUGAUGUUGAUUCGAAUUGUGAUCCUAAAAAUACAAUCCUUCUUGUUUGGUAUUUUCCUGUGUUGUUAUGGAAAUUUCGUCUCGACAUCCUAGGGUUAGCAAAUCCGUAGUACUAGCUGUAGGGGCCGUGUAUUCUGAGCAAGCUAAUUUCACUCAGUUUUACGAUACAUUGUUAUUCUUUUACUCAUCAGUAUUUAUGUGUACCGCCAGGACUGAAACUAGGGUCUUUUUCCAUCAGACAAAAAAUCGUGGCUUCCAUCGCAUUGCUUACCCACCUUUACCGUAGACUUAAAUAAAGCGAUAUAUUUAGCAUGUAUUUUCAAAUUCGGCACGAGACAUUUAACUCGUUUCGGCACGUCACCCUUUUAGAAUUGAUCAUUUACAGACAUCUAGAAUGCCAAGAAUAAUGUUGUUUUUAUUUUUU